AUGUCGGGUACGUGGUCGCGUAAGCGACGGAACGUCGUCCAUGCUGUCGGCGGAUCUGUACCUUCUUCUCAAGAUUCGGAAAAGAUCAGAAGCCCCGAUAAUCUUCCUUUGCCACCGUCGAUUCGAUUUCAGCAAGUGCAACUUUCUGCUUCGACAGAAAAGAUGUUUGAAGAAGCCGAAUCCAAAGGAAUUUUAUCGUUGAUUGGACGACAACUGAAGGAACUACCGAUAUCGCUAACCGAUAAAUACGACAUUUCGGACAUUGUAUUAGCCGAUCUUAGCAACAAUCGUUUUUCUGAUAUACCGGCAGCUUUGUGUGAUUUACGGUCUUUGGAGACGUUGAGGAUACAACAGAAUGCUCUUCGACAUGUUCCUACAAAUAUUUCUCAUUUAAUAUCACUUUCUUUUUUAGAUUUGAGUAAUAAUCAAUUGUCACAACUACCACUCGCUUUGUUUGAGUUACCAUUAUGUAUUCUAUUACUGACUGGUAACAGAUUGGAUACCAUACCUAGGGAAAUUAGGCAGUUAUCAUCUACAUUAACAGAAUUAGAUCUUAGUUAUAAUUUUCUUAAUAGGAUCCCAGCUGAUAUAGCAUUGCUCAAGAUGUUACGGGUACUUUGCUUGAAGAAAAACUUGCUCGAUCAGUUUCCAUCAGAACUUUGCCGAUUGUCUCUUCAUACAUUAGAUCUGUCGUCAAAUAGGUUCACACACCUUCCCUUACAUAUCAGAAAAAUGAAAACGCUGAUCGAAUUUCAUAUAUCAGAUAAUCCGCUACAGUCACCUCCAGCCGAUAUUGUCUCAAAAGGACGAGAGCAUGUUUUCAAAUGGAUGGAUAACGCUUCUGGUGGUUGUGACACUCUCCCUGCUCAUCUGCUUCCCAAUUCAAGUAUAACGCUUAAAGCACUGAAUCUUGGGAAGAAUGGAGUUAAUAAAAACAUAAGCGAGUCUGACAUGACCCGAAAGUCAUCAGCUCCUGCUCCUUUGGAACGUCGUUCGAGAUCUCAUCGUUUCCAUACAAUUACUGGUAGUGAUUCGGGUUACGGAAGUACAGCGGACGAACAUAGACUAUCUCAUGAGAUACCAUCUGGUGGCUUAGACGGAAUAACGGAGUUUUCACCGUUUUCUCAGGAAUCGCCUGACGGAUCUUCUGAUUUAGUAGAGGCUUCCGAAGAAUCGACAUCUCUUGAUUCUUUAAACGAGAAAAUGCCAGAUAAGAAGAAUCACAAUGAUAUUAGGACGAAUGUUGAUCAGAAAAAAGUGAAAAUGUUGUCUUCGAUGAAUCAAUCGAUCCCGAAAGAGAACACGGUACCGAACAGUUCCUCUUUGAAUGGAAAUGUUCCGAUAUCAGCAAAAGAACCUCCCAACUCCUUGGAUAUCAGUAACAACAACACAUGUCGAAACAAAGAUGUUACUACACGCGGAACAUCUCACAGCCAAAAUGUCAUCCUUUCAACAACAACAAAAACAAAGCCUGUGUCAAAAGUUGCUCCUUUGAUGAAUACCACAAAAGGCAACCAAAAUGUCAGUUCAGAACAUGCUAAGAACUCUUUGACUAAAGUUUCUACAACUUCAUUACCUAAAAAAACUGUGAACGGUACCUACCGCACGAGAGAAAUUACUUCAAGUAGAACAGUCUCAACACCAAUUAGCACUAAACCAGUAUCGGCUUCUUCCGUAUCCAAUAUUUCUAAUCCUACAAGGCUCAGAACAAUGACUGGAUCUAGGGUACCAUUAUCAUCUUCUGCUAAUUCUUCUAUAAUCAAGCGACCAGCAACGACUGCUCCCACUUCCCGCUCGGGUUCUAUCGUGACGAAGUCUGCAUCAAGCGAACCAAAUUCUAUGGAACAGUUCCGAAAGCUUUUUGAGGAAAAAAUUGGAGUGACACUUCCCCCUGGUAAAGAUAGCAUCUCUGCCGCUCUGGCUGAUGGGGUCCACCUCUGCACGCUUGCGAACGCGCUGCGUACGAAAGCAAUCACAACCAUCCUGAACACCACUGAGAAUGAAAGUUUAACUCCUCUCAAAUGCAAGAAGAAUGCAGAAAGUUUCGUGUCUGCUUGUAAGAAAGUUGGUGUGACCGAGGCAUGUUUGUGCUCGUCUUCCGAUAUCACAACUAAGAGGAAUUUAGUUUCUAUUGUCAAAACUGUGGCUCAAUUAAAUCGGCUCACAUCAGCAGCUGUGAGACCAACAACUAAAGUUGUAACUUCACGAAUAGCUGUAUGA